AUGGAUUCAUCACCAUCAUCAUCGACGUAUCUCACUACCACAAGCUUACUAGACAAGAGAAAAUCAUCUCCGGUUUCAAGAAAACCAUCACCAAAGCAAAAGAAGAAGACGAGUACUUCAUCAACGAACAAACCAAUCAAAGUCCGUUACAUAUCAAACCCUAUGAGAGUCGAGACUUGUGCUUCCAAGUUUAGAGAGCUCGUACAAGAACUCACCGGACAAGACGCCGUCGAUCUUCAACCGGAUACUGAGUUUUCCGACCACCAACCUUCUCCGACGCCGGAGAAUCUCGUUGAGACACGUGUUGAGCAGCCGUACGAUGAUCGAGUGGGAGGGACUGAGUAUUAUUAUGAGCCGUUGGAUGGGGAGGAAGAGAUGUUUUUGCCUGAUCAGAUGUCGGCAGGUUUUUCUGGGUUUUUUUCGAAUGGGUUUUAUAAUGUGAAUGAUUUUGGAAGAAUCGAUUCUAUGUGA